GCAUCACGCAGCGCCGACGACCUGCGUCAUCAGUACGACGAGCGCGCUCGCGCGCAGCAGCAGAACCACGCUGGCCUCGUGGUACGCAAUAUUCUUCCUUUGGCUACCGAUGCUGACCUUCUCUGUGUCAGUCUGAGCUGCGGGAGCUCAAGGCGCUGCGCGAGCGCUACAGCAGCCUGUGCGAGGGGAACGCCAAAGACUCUCUUCCGGCUGUCAAGGAGAAGAUCCAGAAGCUGUCGGAGAGCGUCGUGCUGUGCAAGCAGAUGCAGCUGCGCAUCGAGGACGUGGAGCGCUGCAUGAGCAGCGAGAAGGAAAAAGCCACGCAGGCGCUGUAUGACCGCGCCGAGAUCCAAGACCAGCUCAAGGCGCUGAGACGCGAGCUCGACGGCGAGCGCGGCAACACGACGAGCGCGCGUACCGAGCUCACCACCACCAAGGACACGCUGAUCCAGGCGGAGCGCUUCAUUGCGCGCCUGGAGGAGCGUGCCAAGGCCCUCGACGGACAGGUCGAGGCGCUCGAGUGUCUCACGACCGAGAAGGAGCGCAGCAUCACGGAGGCACUCGCACGCGCCAAGCGCCUCGAGGAAGACAUUACGACGCUGCGCAAGAAGGAGGACAAGCAGGCCGACGUGCUCGAGACGCUGCGCAAGAAGGAAGAGGCCAUCCGCGAGAGUCUCUCGGCCGCGCAGGGCGCCCUGCGCGAGUCUCAGGGCGCCGUCGAGCGUGCUCGUCUCGAGAAGGCGACGCUCGAGGAGCAGGUGGCGCAGCUGACCGCCGCCAAGGAGUCGCUCGAGAAGGCUGUGGUGGCUCUCGAGGCCGACAAGACAGGGCUCGCUGAGAAUCUCAGGCUGACGCAGCUCGGACUCUCGAGCACCGAUACCAUCGCAAAGGAGCGUCUGGCAAAGAUCAAUGUGCGUGCACGUCGUCGCUUGAGUAAUUGCCUGGCUCACAGCAUCUUCACAGGAGUUUGACGCAGAGCUGAAGCGCGCCAAGGCCGCGCUGGACCAGGUGAACGCCGAUGAGAACGCGACGACGGUGAGCAUACAGGCUGUCUGCGCCGUGCCGCCACUCACCACUCGAUGGCAGCGUCUGCGCCAGGCACUCGACAGGGAGACGGCACAGGUGACGGAGCUGCGCAACGACCAGCGUCUCGGCGAAGAGCAGCGCCGCGCGCUACGCCACGAGCUCGACACCACACGCCAG